CCGCACUUCCGCUGCACGUUACCCCGCCGCUGCUAGGCGCCAUCGAUCGCCUAUAAAAUUGGUCAAGACGCCGUGUGCUGAGCCCAUCCAUCGAUCCGCGCUGACCCCUGUCGUUGGGUGUUCCACUUUGCUUCCCCCACUAGCUAGCUAAGCUCCAUCUGCAUCCAUCUAUCCAUCCUCCCAUGGCGUCCGUGAAGCUCGCCGCCGUCCUCUUGGCGUGCGCCGCGCUCAUGGCGACGGCGGCGGCGUACGCGCCGUACCGGCCGGAGCCCGAGCCCUGCAAGACGCAGGCCAUGUACUUCAAGAACUGCCUCCUCCUCGUGAGCGAGUGCGAGAAGUGCUGCACGGGCGUGGUGGCCGACCCCGCGUGCUACUGCGAGGUGGAGCGGGAGGCGUUGAUCGACUGCGCGCCCGGCCACCACUGCAGCCGCGCCGACAAGAAGAUCAAGAUCGCCGAGAUGAACCUCUCCUGCAUGAAGAACCUCAAGUGCAAGCAUGCGUGAUGGCCGGUACGGUACCUUAGCUGCAGCUUCCUACUACAAGUAUAUCUCGUCUCUCGUUUGUGUGUCCAUCUCCGAGAGUUGAUGUGGACUUUGUGGUCUGGCUUUGUUCCCACUAUGAUGAUGGUUGUGUUGUGUCGUACGUCCCUAUGUAAACUUUGGUAUUAACAACAUGGUGCUUGAUCUAAAACUAUCCACAUCAUCGUUGUUGUACGCUUCUAUCAUGUACUCCUUCUAUUCAGAAAUACUUCUCAGAAAAAUGGAUAAAAAUGGGUGUAUUUAGAACAAAAAUACAUUUGGAUACAUCCAUCUCUUCGGCAAAUAACAUAUAUUUCUCCACAA